CAAUCUGUUCCUUUGAAUCAUCACCUACAGACAGGUGGGUGUCGGUCAAUCUGUUCCUUUGAAUCAUCACCUACAGACAGGUGGGUGUCGGCCAAUAUGUUCCUUGAAUAAUCACCUACUACAGACAGGUGAAUGUCGGUCAACCUUGGUAGGUGACGUCACCACCAACAAAUUCAAAUUCAAAGCAACAGGUAGGUGAGUGUCGGUCAAUUGGGUCAUUUGAAUCAUCAGCAACACACAGGUGAGUGUUGGCCAAUCUGGGUAGGUGACGUCACCAGCAACACACAGGUGAGUGUUGGAUUAUAUUCCAGUAUGGGACAUACAUGUAUAUGAGCCAGAAUUAUAUCUAAAUCAUAUAUUGCAUUAUAUGGAAUCACAUAGACUAGUGUGGAAUUCAAUAUACCAACGUCACUCGGGUAACUUUUCCUAUAUACUGAUACAUGUAUGUCAUAUUAGCAUAUUAUGAUAAAUAUUUAGUCAUCUUCGAUAAUGAUCUUGCAGUCUUUGUAUGCCUAAAUUUAAAAUUCCCCUACUGGUAGAUACCCUACGUCAGAUCGUAUAGAGUUGUUCAGUUUUAAUCUUAUGUUUUGAUAAGCUUAGACAAUACCACUAGCGAAUAAAUUUGAUUUCGGAUCUAGAUAAUCUUGGUUUUAAAGUUAAAAUUACAUCACGACUAUUGAAAUGGUAUUUACACACGAGCUAUCGAUAUGAGCGCGGCUUAGCACGUAUGGUGACAAACAUGGUACCAACCACCCAAGGGAGAAGACAUACCGGCGGGGUCUCUUUAUCAGAUUACAGCACUUUAAAUGUUUUAUAAGUUUAAGACAAUGAGAAGUUUAAUUACUUAGAUAUGAUACUUAUUUACACCCUCCCGGGACUUCUCCACACCCUCACCUCGUUCACAAUGCAGUGUUCACUGGGACGUCGGUCACUAAGCCAGAUGGCCACUCUAAAGCUACCCACUAUACACGAGAAUGGCGGCAUAGCCCGACCAAACACUCGGUGUAAGAGUGCUCGCAGUGGAAUCAAUCGUGUACGGUCGGCCAGGAAGCGGGACAGCUACUCUGAGGACAAGUCCUGUGAGCUCAGUCUGAACAUCAAGGUAUCCCAACUGUCCACGGAAUCGGAAGAAGAUACAAGUUCUAAUCAAGCCAAACGAGAUUUAGCCGAACGAUUCUACGACGUCAUCAUACAGAAGAAGGAACAAUUCUGUUGGACGCUGGAAGCUGCUAUUAACAUACGUGAUGUCAGAGUUGAAACGAUUACCAGAGGGAGCCUUUGUGUUAAGUGUGAAUGUCUGACACUUGGAGCGCUAGAGUCACUCAAUCAGAUGUUCAAGAGUCGACGUCUGUCGGCUGUGUGUCAGUCUGUUUUCGUCACGGACAGUGUCAGGGACCUUAUAGGUGUCAGAUCAGUAAAACUGGACGUUACUAUAGAUACUGCUCAAUUGGAUGCAUCACGAGAAGUCCUCUUAUCCCGCAAGUUCAAAGAGUGUACAUCUGUCCAUCCGGCGGACACGUUGACCACCCCGACAAAUCACACGAGCCUUGACCACAUUCCGGUCACCACUGAUGUGGUGGUGAUCGAGAAAGACUUCGACGUUGUUGGGUGGCGCAUGCGUCUGAGUACGGAGGUCGAGGCGGUUCGGCACCGAUACACGGGCUUCAGUGACUCCAUCGACAUAUUCAUCCGAACCCUUCAGAUAAUCAUGCCGAAGGGCAAAGUCGCCAUCGAAUCCCUUUCGGAUGUUAUCGGACUUUAUGCACAUUUAAUGGCAAGUUCUUCGCUAUCUUCAGGUGUGAGGACUGACCUGAUUCGAGAGUAUCUAUCGACAGUGAACAGUAUACGAAUAUUGGUCGAUGAUAUCAAAGCGAAAUCCUUUCAUGCCACAAAUGACAAGAGUGACGAUGAUUAUCAAAUCAUGACGUGUCUGGUAAGUGAACUCCAGGACAUGUUGCUAGCAAAACACGUGUUUGAGGAAGACAUUAGUGUCCUUGACCGAAGGAUCAAUCCCGCAGAGAAACCGUUCUUAGGACUCCUGUGUUUUGUGCCGUUACUUCUUGCCAAACUUUCGACAGUCCUGUAUACACUCAGUGCCCCCGGGUUGUCUAAAUAAAACCUGUCAUAUGUUACAGUUU